AUGCUCGCCGAGAUUAUAGAUCUGCCGCGCUUCGCAAGCAUGUUCAACGUCCCCCCAUCUGCGACUUACCCGACUCACCCGACUCCCUACAGCGACACCGAUUUUGCUCGCAGACGGCCUUCCUUGCCCCCGUUCUCGUCCUUACAGGAACACGCCGAUCGCGCCGAUGAAAUGGACGACAACAGCGACCCUACCACAACGCCGCCACGCUCCUCGUCCUGCCACACGUGCAUUCGAAUGCAGUCAAUGUGCCACGAGGUCGCCGUUGCCGUGGCAGAGCUCGACGAGAGCAUUCAGCUCUUGUGCAACAAGGCCAACUCCCGAACAAUCACAUUCCCCAGGAACAAUUCGAUUCGAGCCGUGCAAUGGAUCCUCGACAGGCUGAGACUGGGCAACUUGGACCUACAGGCCACCCUGCGAGCUACACGACCCGCGGGGGCAUUCCAGCCAACGCCCAACUCUGCGUAUCAACCGACGCCCGUGUCUGCACUACAACCCACCUCAUCAUCCGAGGGCGCGCCGCCCGACACAUCGCCCUUGAGCGCGCUGAAACGGCCGGCAGAAAACUGGGAUUCAACAGGCUUGAAACGAACGCGCGUCGCCGGCUCACCCGACCUGGGCUAUCGCACCACGUCUGGCCCCCAGGAUGAGUCGAGAUACUUUCUACAGCGUACGCCUACGGAUCACAUGCGCCCUCCUCGCAACUCGCCAUCCCCCGAAUCGUUCUCGAGCUCGGCAUAUCCAAAGCACCCCUCUCCGACGCCGGGAGAGCGUUCAAUACGCGCCUUACCAUCGCCUUCGUCCGCCGUUUACCCUCCGUCAGCUGCGCCAUCCUACGCGCCUGCGACAGCUCAAUCACCCUCUUCCCCAGUGUUAUCUAACGCGGCAGAAAUGUCCAUCCACACCGGGUCGAGCGAGUCCGCGACUUCCGCGCACAUCGCCGAUCUGCAGCACCAGGUCACGCUAAAAUCCUUGUCUCUGCAGACCCUGCGGUCAGAGUAUGCUUCCUUGCUGCAGAAGCUGCAGCGACUGAACGUCAAAACUCACACGAUUGAAAAGAAGAGCAACGUGGCCAAUCAGGAGGUCAAUGAUCUGACCAACAAAAACGAAGACCUCGGCCAGCAAGUGCAAAGUUUGCAGGAGCAAUUGGAUGAGAGUGAGCGCCGCAGGGAACAAGAUCAGGACAAGGUGGCGCGCGAGAAAGAGCAAUGGAUGCAGAUGCUGGAGUUUGGUCGGCGCCUGCAGAUGAAGACGGAGCAGGACAAGAACGCCCUCGCUGCGCGUGUGGCAGCGCUGCAAGAAGACUACGAGUCGCUCCGGAGAGCUCGCUCCUUCUCUUACAGCAUGACGGCCGGCGAAUCGGAUGUGCAUGCUACCAUGCGAUCCCUGAACGGCAGCAGCUAUCUUGCUGCGCUGAACGCCAGACUUCAAGCUCUCCGCGCCUCUUUGGAGGAAGCGAGACGGCAAGCCCGCGUCCUCGACGAGCGGACCUCCGAUGUGCAUCAGCGGAGCUCAGACAUUGCCAGCGCCAUUGAUCGCACGCUUCGAGAGAUCGACUCCCCACUCCCAGCCCGCCCGCAGACGCCGCUCGCCAUUGCCGCGGAUGCAGACGUGGAGCUGGCGACGGUGCCUCGUCAGCGUCCAGCUGCGCCCGGGAAGAGCAGCGCAGAUCUAAGCCCAGAGCCGGAGGGUGCAUGGUUUGUCACAUCUACCGCGUCUUUGUCAAGUGUGCCGACACCAGCGCCCGCACCCGCAGAGGCGCGCGGCUCGCUCGCCGCCGCCCCACCCGGGUGGCGGCAGCACCAAGGGCGCGCCACCUCGCGCGACCUGCAGUCCACCUCCUCCUCCCUGUCCGUGACGAAUGCUGAGACAACAACCGCCAUCGCAGGGCCCCCACGGAGCCCGGACCGGCGUGAAGAAUCGCGGCGCCCGUCGCACACGACCACCCCGGACGAGCUGUCAGUGGGCUCUGCAACGACCGACGUGACCAUCACCUGGACGCCUCGCCCCGCAUCCCCCAGCAGUGGGAACGAAGCUCAGCGCGCACAGUAUCAGCCGCCGCCCAGCCCCACCCAGGAUCGCCGGCGCAGCGUGCACGCCCGAUCGCACGAGGGCAGCGAUGCGCCCGAUGGUGGCGUGACGACAGCUGCUUCCGGCUCGCAGGAGGCUACUACCACAUCCGCCAUGGCGCCUCCGCCUCGACCUCCGCCUUAG